AUGUCGAGAAUAUAUAGAAACACUGGCCCGGAACCAUUCGUGGACGUCCCUAAACUAGAUUUGUUAACCUUUUUAUUCGACUCCGAGUAUAGCGUUGCAGCCAUCUCCGAAGAAAAUGUUGUCUUGCAUGUCGACGCAGACAAUCCGUCCAACAAGGUGACAAGGAAUGACCUACGGGAUCUAGUGGAACGCAUCGCACAUGGCCUGAGGCAGAAUUAUGAUAUUGGUUCAAAUGGCCCGAACAAGGAUGUGGUGACAGUGAUCAGCCAUGGUCAACCAUUGGUAGCUGCUGCGUUUUAUGGUGUUAUUGCUGCUGGCGGAGUCUACUCAGCAGCAAGCCCUUCCUCGACUGUAGCAGAACUUGCUCGUCAAGUAACGAUUGGCACCAGCCGGUUGAUCAUUUGCAGUGCUGAGUUCAAAGAGUUGGCCACUCAAGCCGCUAAGCAAUGCAAUGUGCCUUUGAAUCGUAUAUUGGUCCUGGAAUCGUCACCCUUUUGGAGCCUAUCAAGUUUGUACGGUGGUAUCAAUGCGAUCUCAAAGGAAAAGCUCAAGUGGGAGAAGAUAAGUGACCCCGGGAGGCUUAAGAGAAGUCUGAUUACGAUCCUAUGGUCGUCUGGGACCACGGGCCUACCUAAAGGUGUUAUGCUCUCCCACGAGAACCUCGUACAAGAGAUUUACCUGUUAUCACUUCCCGGCCGUGCCUGGGCACAGAAGCAAGUCGAAGCAGGGAAGACACUCACGCCAUUCCGGACACUAUCACAUCUACCGAUCAGUCACAUUGCAGGACUAGCUGGAUACCUGAUAAUUCCGUUCUACUCUGGUGGAGUCGUAUUUUGGAUGCGUAAGUACGAAUGGGCCAAACUUUUGAAGUAUGCCAAAGACUAUGAGAUCACUGCUUUUUACACCGUUCCAUCGAUCUACCUCCGCAUUUCUAAAUCGGCCGACGUGAAGGACCACUUCAAAAACGUGGAAAAUGCGUCUACAGGAGCCGCGCCGAUGGAUGGGGACCUUCAAACCGCUUCAAAUGCGAAGCUUGGGCGAGGACAGACCUUCGUUGGCCAAACAUGGGGCCUCAGUGAGACGACGGGGGCUGUUACCAUGAUCCCUAAAGGAGAAAUUGAUGUCACUGGUAGCAUUGGCCAAGUGAUGCCGAACGUUGAACUAAGGAUUGUUGAUGAGGAUUAUAAAGAUGUGGAGCCAGGGCAGGAAGGAGAGAUGCUUGUGCGAAGUCCCCUUGUCACCCAGGGAUAUUUCAACAACCCACAAGCAACAAGAGAAACCUUCCAUGGAGAGUGGUUUUGCACCGGAGAUAUCGGAGUUUUCAGAGAUGGGAAGUUCUACAUUGUUGAUCGCAAAAAGGAGUUACUCAAAUACAAAGGCCUCCAAGUCGCACCAGCCGAAAUCGAGAAUCUUCUGUUUACACACCCUAAAAUUCAGGAAGCCGCCGUGGUUGGUGUGAACCUACCUGAAGACCCAGGCACCGAUCUUCCCCGGGCGUACGUCGUGGCAGAUCCGUCACAGGUGACUGAGGACGAGAUCAAGGAGUUCGUGAAGCACCGUCUUGCUCCGUACAAACAGCUUCGCGGCGGCGUGGUGUUUGUGCCAGAACUCCCCAAGAAUGCUGUCGGCAAGUACUUGAGGCGAGAGCUGAGAGAUCGAGCGAAGAAGGAACUGGGCUUGGUGGCGAGCGCGAAGCUUUGA